AUGUCCUCGACUCUCAGCUCCCCAUCGCCGAACAACAGCAACCUUUUCACGGCGAGCUACGAGAGGACGGACCUCACGGAGGCGCAAAGACAGAUGAGCCUGCUUCUGUUCGGCUUGUGCGUCGCCAUCGCCGCUCUUACCUUCUUGGGAAGUGUUUAUUCUCUAUUCUUUUUCAUUCGGAUGAGGUGGAAAACCAUCCUGUGGCUCAUCGUGGCUUCAAUGUCCGUGGACGACCUGCUCAGCGUGAUACCUCUCUCCCUCUUCAUGCUCCUCCAGUGGGAGCGAGAUGGAGAGGGAGGGUCGGUGAACAUAUGCACGUUAUCGGGACUUCUCUAUGUGUUCCAAGGACUCUCCAGCAAUAUGAAGGCUUGCCUUAUCGCAGCCUAUACCUUUUACGUUACCAAGCGAGAAGGAAGCCCUCGGCCGUUAAGGGUGAUGUUGGCGAUAGCAGGGGUGUGGGUAGUCAGCCUGGCCGUCAGUGUACUACCCCUGUGCGGCUGGGGGACUUUCACUCGGCUCUCUCUCGGCUGCUUCCCGGAGAGACGAGGCUUUUACCUUCUGAUCCUUUUCUCUUUGUACUCUGUGUGUUUCUGCGGAUUGGUGAUCUUCUUCGUUCCUCUCACCUACCAGCUUCUGUGUUCCAGAGAGCCACAGGGGACGUUAUACCCGAGCUACUUGGAUAUAGCCAGGGAUCUGAGAGGGGACGGGUCUGCGCCUCUCUGCGAACUCCCGUCCUUCUCUCGGGAUAGCUUGGACAGAAGUUUCAGUACCUACAACGAGCUGAGUCCGGGUGGGUUGGGGAAAGGGUUAGGGGUGCGGGACAAAGUGGAAAUAUAUACCUGUUCAAACCCUGCCUCUGACGGUGUACUGAGGGAUGGCGGUACCAUCUGUAACUGGGAAUCCCCGGUGUUCUUUGCACAAAAGCGCUUCUCCAUGAUCCUAGCGGUGGUGAGAGUUGUCUUGUGGAUGCCUAUGAUGACUCUGGUGCUCGUGCGUCAUGCUGUAAACGCCAGCAGCUCAGACCUGGAGGCGGUGGAAACGGUGAGCUUCUUCCUGACCCUGCUGGCGCCUGCCGUCACGCCGGUAUUCAUACUCUCCGAUCGCUGGAGCCACCUUCCGUGCGGCUGCUUCAUCAACUGCCCGCGGGACACAGAGCCAAAGAAGAUGUUUGAAUUUAACCUCUCCUUCCAAAAAGGGUUCGGAAUAUACAAGAUAUCGCACGCGACCGAACCCCACCGAAACCCGUCCAUCGAGAAGCCUUCCUAUUACAACUUCUUCAACUGCGACUUCACAGAAAACCAGUUUGCCGUGCUGGACAGCUCCGGGGUCGCGAGCCUGCAGGCCGAGCUGGAGUUCAGGACCCCACGUGCAGUGGAUAGUUCCCCACUGCGUGAACAUGGCGAGCUUCUCGAGGUAGUGCCAGGUGGAGGAGAGACCCUGGCGCUGGCAGACUGCCUCCAAUUUCCUCACGAUAACCACAGAGACCAGGACCUCAACCUCACCGACACGUCGUCGGUGUUCGAGGGAACGGAACGGAGACUGUCGCAUGUAGAGUGCAGAAAAAUGGAGCUGAUGGACUGGGAGUGGUGUAGGAGUAAAUCCGAGAGGACCCCCAGACAGAGAUCUGGGGGAGGUCUGGCCCUCCCUCUGUGUGCCUUCCAGGGCACCGUCUCCCUGCAUGCCCCCACAGGGAAGACCCUCUCCCUCUCCACCUACGAGGUCAGCAGCGACGGCCUCACCAUCUCCCCCCACGCCACCAAGAAGGUGGAGGUCUACCGCUCGAAGUCUGUAGGCCACGAGCCCAGUGCAGACGACCCCACCACCGGGGGCCCGGCCGGGGGAGUGGGGACGGAGGUGGAGGUGGGAAUGCGGGACACCAAUGUGAAGAUCCACCUGGAGGUGUUGGAGAUCUGUGACAACGAGGAGGCCACGGACAGCGUGUCCAUCAUCUCUAACAUCAGCCAGUCAUCCACCCACGCCCGCUCCCCGUCGCUGCGCUAUUCUCGGAAGGAGAACCGCUUUGUCUCCUGUGACCUGGGGGAGACAGCCUCCUACUCAUUGCUCAUCCCCAACAGUGGCAACCCCGAGGUGGACAACAUCAACAUCAACAUCCCUGACACGGUGGAGGCCCACCGGCAGAACAGUCGCAGGCAGAAACAGGAGACGGGAGGCUACCGCGAGGAGAUACAGCUGCUCAACGAAGCCUACAGGAAGCAGGAAGAGGACAGAGAAGACUGAUACACACAGGAAGCAGGAAGUGUACAGAGAAGUCUGAUACAUACACAGGAAGCAGGAAGAGACAGAGAAGGCUGAUAAACACACAGGAAGCAGGAAGUGGACAGAGAAGUCUGAUACACACAGGAAGCAGGAAGUGGACAGAGAAGUCUGAUAUACACACAGGAAGCAGGAAGUGGACAGAGAAGUCUGAUACACACACAGGAAGCAGGGAGAGGACAGAGAAGACUGAUACACACAGGAAGUGGACAGAUAAGUCUGAUACACACAGGAAGACAAUGAGUGGACAUACUGAUGAGCACACAAAGGAUGCAGACUGGGAAUGCAUAACUAUAUAUUUUAAGUAUGUAUUUUGACUAAACAUUAGCUGCCACUGCCUAAGACUGCUGGGACACUUAUCCUGUGUCCAUUCUGUGAUUUAGAGGUCCAUUAUGUAUAGAUGUGAUGAGGUGAGGUGGAGAGAAGUGGAUGCAGGAAUAAGGGAUGAGAUGGAGAGAAGGUGAUGCAGGACUAAGGGAUGAGGUGAGGUGGAGAGAAGAUGAUGCUGCAGGACUAAAGGAUGAGGUGGAGAGAAGGUGAUGCUGCAGGACUAAGGGAUUAGGUGAGGUGGAGAGAAGGUGAUGCUGCAGGAGUAAAGGAUGAGGUGGA